AUGGUAUUUACUCUUCCCAAUCCUGACUACCUCACAAGAAGCUUUCUCGCCAAUCGCAUAUUGCCUUUCAUCUCAGACACGUUCAUGAAGUCGCCUUUAGAACUUUGUUUGUAUGAAGAUGAUCCGAAACUUGGAGAAGAGCGCGAACAGUACAAACUGUUCGUAAUGCAUGGUGUCAAUGCGGUUCCAUUCCCAACAGCUCCCGACGAACCCGUUCCUUUUCCGGGAGGCCUGCCUAUGCACACAGUGGUUUUCCAGUGGAAGGAUCCUCAAUUAUUCAAUCAAUAUAAAGGAGCUGAUUUGAUUGAUCGGGAGGUUUCUGUAUCAUCUCGAAAGGACAUCCACCUGAUGGAAUGCAUUGAUCUUUUCACCAAACAAGAGCAGCUGGGCGAAGAAGAUAGUUGGUAA